GGAUUUAAUAAGUACUCGGAGUACCUACUAAUUCCAUGGUAAAAACGUUGUACAUUUGCUGAUCAAAGAAAGGAUUCUGCUUGUGAUCUUCUACCAAGCAGAUAUUCCUUGAUAAAAAGACAACUGAAGCGAAAGUACAUAACUGAGACUUAGAUAGGCAUAUUUUGGGGCAAAGAUUUUCCGAGUUUUCUACGUAGCUCCAUCUCGCUCUAACUCGCGCGACUCAAUACGAGAAAAUGGCGGCCGUCGCCUUCUGUGAAGUAAUCGGCACAGCUGCGGUCAUUCACUCCCGCUCUCCUCGUGGUGGAAGUGCGUUUGCGUUAAAGUUGUCAUCUACAACUUCUGGAUUAUUGGAUCCACCUGCAGUCUGACAUGCUUAAAGAUUGAUUUCCGCCAUCUCUGAUAUGAAACAGGACAUGAUAAACAAUGCAAUUAAUAUUAGACUCUGAAACAACUAUAGAUAUAAAAAGAAAAAUGUCAACGUUGAACGAUUCUCCACUGGCUGAAAAACUCGAUGCUGCUCACGAUCUAAAAAGUGGUCUUACCAAUGGAAAUAAAGAAAAUAUUCAAAACAAUGAUAAUACUAUGUCACCUGACGAAAAAGUUUUGGAGAAUGACAAAAUUGAGGGUGAUAAUAUGACAGAGUCACCAAUGUCUGAUGAUGUCAAGGAAAAAGCUGCAAAUAUAGAUGUUAAUGACAAUGAUGGUGAAAAUAUUAGUGUUAAAGAUACCUUACUAGUUGAAAAUAUUUUCGAAGAGAAUUCCCAAAAAAGCUCUGAAGAGAAUUCUUCUGUCAUGGAGGUUGCAAGAAAUGUAGAUAAAUCGGAUCCUUUGAAAGAAGAAGUCACUAGUUUAAAUAUAAUAGAAGAAGUGAAAAUGAGUGACACAUUUGAAGGUAUAGAAAAAGCGAUUACUGAAGAAAUUUCUAGUGGAAAUGAUAACGCUCCCUCGAAUGGUCAAGAAUGUCAAUCUACUAAUGAAGAGAAAGAUUACAAAACGACAGAAGCCGAAGAAAAUGUGGAAGAAGAAGAAGGUCGUAAAGAAUUGAUAGAAGUCAAUGGAGAAGUUGAAGUCUCUGAAAAGGCGGAAAAUGCAGAAAAGGUUACAGAAAUGUUAGAAAAGAUUAUAGAAACUGAGGUUAAACUUGAUAACAAGAUAGACAUUUGUAAAAUCAAACUGCAAGAUGAUAAAUUUGUCGACGAAGUCAAUGGAAAAGUACACGAUGAUUUAGAAAUUACAACCGAUGAAAAGUGUGAAAAGCUUGAAGAAGUAAAUAAGGAUAGUGUUAAAUUAACAAGCAAUAAUAAUGUUACAUUAGAGGUAAAAGAAGAAACUAUGAAUGCCAAUAUUGAGGGUGAUGCAGUUAGGAAAACUGACGGUGAAGCACUUGUAGCAAAACCAAAUGAACACACAGAAAAAAAAUCAUUUUGUGAUCCACAGAUGCCAAACAAACAAAUAAUUGAAAACUUGCAAAGUCAGAAUGUUAGGAAAGAUGAAUUAAACGUACACUCCAACACAGGUGACAUUGAAACAGUGAACUUAGACGACGAGGAAAAGGAAACAGAAAGUACAGAAGUACCUAGUGAUAUUGUAACUUUAAAUGAUAAAUUAAGUAGAACAAAUGAUGGUUCUGUUUCCGUUGUUGAAAAAAAUGAAAAAUCUGUGACUGAAAUGGAAACAGUUGAUUUAGAUGAUGAGAAAGACAGUGAAACUGAACCUAUGGAUGUAGAUAUAAAUUAUGAAACUGGUGAAGCAAAGGAAAUUCCAGUUUCUGAACCAUCUGAAAAAGAAAAUACAUUAACUAUCGAUUGUGAAGGUAAUCAUGAAGGAAACCUGUCUACAAAAGAAAAGACUGAAAAUAUCGAAUUAAAAAAUAGUAUCACAGCAAUGGAUGAAGAUUCACAUCCUAUAGAAAGUAGAAGUAGCGAUAAAUCAGUCGAAGAAACGAGCAAGGAAAAAGCAAGCAUUCAGCAGAGUAAAAUCACUAAUGAAUCAAAAAACUUACCAUCUGUUUUAAAGUUAUCAAAUACGUUGGAUAUUCUCUCCGAUGAUGAAGACGAUGUAAAAGAAUAUCAAAAUACUACUGCUUCUCAAACUCAAAGUAAUACUGUACAAAAUGAUGCCGAUAAAAAAUGUGUAAGUCUUGACGAUGAUGAUGAUAUAAUGCUCAUAGACGAAGAUGAUACAAAUGUUAAAGAGAAGUCAUCAAAACCAGAAGUUGCUGAAGGUGAUCUAAGAGUUAAAAGCGAAACGUCUGAAGUUGAAGUAAAAUCCUCUCAAAGAGUUUCUGAGGAAGCUGAAAAAGUCACUGAAAAGGAAAAAGGAGAGGAAGAAAAUAUAAAAGCAUCGCCUGUUGACGAGAAGGAGAAGAUAAAGGAGGAGGAGAAAAUUACUGAAGUCAAAUCUGCCUUGCCCAAAUCUCUUGUUCCAAGGGAUUUCUUGAAGACGUGCAAGAAAAACAUGGCAGAGAUGACAAGGGACGACUUGGAAGAAUUCUGUAUUUUAAAAAUUGUAGAGAGUGUUGUAGACCGUAGUAGUUUGAGUGAAAUUAAGACUAAAUUGAAGAGUAUGUCUCAGUCUAUCGAAGAAUAUAAAAAGAAAGCUAUGAUGCUAUCCAAACAAAAUCGAGAUCUGCAGGUCGUGUUGAAGACUAUACAAGAGGAGCAAAAGAAUUCGAAGACCGUGACUCCUUUGAAGAUUACUCGGUCUGUGGGAAUGCAAGUUCUGAUGACAGAGAGAUCAAACGUCAAGAGAAAAGCACCUGGUCCAGCUUCAAACACUACCAAUAACACGACUCCUGUUAAAUCUCCACGAAAUACUAUUACUAAUCUGAGAACUGAGGUGAAACUCCCUCCUGCUCCUACGCCUCAACAAAUUCCAGUUCCGCGACUCAUCCCUGCAUCCAACAGUCCAGCAGCUAAAAACAACAUACAGCAAGUUGCCACUAACAACACCGGAAAAGCAGCAAGCCCAGUGAAUGGACGAAUUAAUCAACAAAAGGCAGAAAAGAGGACAUUGUCCCGUAACCAUUCUGUUACUGUAGAUUUGACUGAUGACGAGCCCCCCGUCAAGGUAAAUAGGAAUUCAGCUGCCACUCCGGUCCGGGUGGUACCCACGCAUAUGGUUCCCCAAAAUGUGCUGAAUUCGACGCCUAGACACUCAAUAGGACAGAAUAAUCCAAGAAAAGUUUAUAUUCCUAUUAGUGGCCCUCAAAACCCUAAUGCCAAACCGGGGCAAAUUACGUUAAAAUCCGUUUCCCCUAAUCAAAAUAUUAGACCAAGAGUUCCUCAGACCCAAAUGUCGAGACUGCCUCAAAAUCAAAUUAGGAUGUCAAGAAUACAUAAUAGACAUCCCGCUCCCUUGCCAGAGAUCAAUAAGAUAUAUCCUGGAAACUACUUGAAAGCGUUGCCACCAGCCCCUGAUCUCAAGCUUUCCAAAGUGGAAAAUGGAAUAGUAAUCUCAUGGAAAAUUGAAGGGUAUCAAGAAGAUAGUUACGAAGAAAUUGCGAGCUAUCAGCUAUACGCUUAUCAGGAAACAAAUGCACCACCAAACACAUCUUUGUGGAAGAAAAUUGGUGAUGUAAAGGCUUUACCAUUGCCCAUGGCCUGUACUCUAACACAGUUCAUGGCUGGAUUUAAGUAUUACUUUGCUGUAAGAGCCGUGGAUAUACGAUCUCGGAUUGGCCCUUUCAGUUUGCCUGGAAGUAUACUUCUACUGAAUAAACUAUAAGACUGAUUAGUUUGUGUUGCUAUAUUCUGUGGUCGCAAUGUCAUACAUUGUGACAGUGAAUUUGAGUGCAAGUGAGAAUUAUUAAGAUUAGUUAUUUAUUUUAUCUAAGUGUACAGCAUAAAGUUUUAAGUUUUUUAUAAUUCCGUUUUCCGGAAUAAUGCUAUUUGUUUCAGUGGUUUCACCGGAUCGUUUCUGAAUGCGUAACCUUAGCGUUUCAUUUUUGUGGUUGGUUUAAAAGUUAUAAUUUGAAUAAUCCAUUAUGUAAUUGUAACAUCUCAACAGAUGUAUAUAAUAAUAUGUAUAUUUUUUUUUGUUACACGCUCUCUGGUACAGAUCGACACAAAAAUGUGUUAUAGAAAUAAUUACUUGCAAUCCUAAUACUUGCAUGUGAUGUUAUACAAAUAUUUUUACGUAGGUAGAAAAAUUGUAACUGCAUUUUGUUCACAAAGUAAGUAAGAAUUAAUGAAAGUUAAAAUAUUUACAAUCUAAUAUCACAAAUGAAACAGAAAUGUCUGAUUAUAUGUAGGCAAAUGACAUCUGAGAAAAGUAAAACAAUGAAAAGCUCCAACAAUCAAUACAUUAAAUAGAAUAUUUCGAAUUAAACACAGUUAAUGAGCAGUAAAAUUUUUUUUUAUAAUUAAUUUUAUAUUCUUUAAUUGUUAUUGCUGAUUGCAAAAAGUUGUCAUACUUUUAUUCUUGUUUGAUUGUACUUUUCUUAAAAUAAUUGGUUGGUUCGUAACUAUUAUCAUCAUCCUCUGUAUUUUUCUGUAUUUUUUAAAUGGUCAUACUUAUACCCUUUUUAAAUUUUACAUAAUAUUCAUGUGAAAAUUAUAAACGAAAGUGUAUAACAAAUUGACUCUGUAAAAAUAUUUUUACAAAAAAGACUUGAUACAAUUUUGCCCUUGACUGUACUUAUGAAAAAUUGUGUAGUGUCUUCCACAUAUUUUCUUGUACCUACUUGUUGAUUGAAUCUUCACGUUUUAAUGUCAAUACAGUAACAGUGUGAUAGAGAAUCCACUAAAAUUAUUAUCUUUUCCAAGUCUCGAUACAUACUUAAAAUAAUUAAAUUGUAGUCGCGAAUUUUA